AAUACGUCUGACACCAAAGCAGACGCCGUUUGAUACCACAACAAAUACAUACAAGUGCAUACAAUCCAUAUCCAUAUCCAUAUCAUGUUUGCGAUGCACUCGAUCAUGGUGGUGCUCUUGCUGCUAACGAUGCUGCUUGUCAACGCUGCGCCAGCACCGACGCCGGUUCAGGUCGUCUAUACGGGCGACGAGGGCUGCGAUUGCCCCACCCAGCUUGGCUAUCAGUUAAAUGUGCCCAGACCGAGCAAGCCAAAGCAGUAUACGGGCGGCGAGUAUGGCUAUCGUGUGGAGAAGCCCGUGCAGGCCAAGGCAAAGAUCAGUUACAGCUUCGAUUUCACCGUGGAGGAACCACGUACGCCAGCACCACCCAAAAACAAGCCAGCCAAGCUGUAUGCCAAGGUGGAUCGUGUUACGGCCACCAAAUCAGAUUGUCGCGCCCAGGACAAGUCGACCUGUACCUGCAGCAGAUGCUCCACGGCCAAGCCAAGGUACGUAGCCCAGCCGCCCAACUCAAGUCCGAAUGCUAUACGUCGUCGUCGUGAUCUGAGCUCCGGUCCCGGCUCACUGCUGCGCAAGCGUUUAAUGCGACAGCAGCAGCUGCAGGAGCGUCCGCCGCGAUAUGUUAAAUUCUAUCACAAGGAUCUGAGCCCACAGCAGCAGCACAAGAUGCAUCUGUUUGGGCUGGUGCCCCCACAGACGACGUCGUCCAAGAGCAAGCGCAAGUCGAAAAAGACGCCCUCUUUAAGAUCGGGCCAUGACAAACGGUGGCUGGGACUGAGAACCCGUCACAUGACAAAGCGCGACAUUAAGGGUGAGUAUGAUCUGCUGGAACAGGAGCGUGCCAACGCUGAUCUGACCGCUCCAGAGAUCAUACAAUUCAUGCCGGAGACGCUUAAUCCCAGUUUCAAACGUGGACAAUGCCAUAUGGGCUGUGGUGCCAUUACAGCCAGUGCACCACCAUCCGAUACUGCUGAGGAUGCCCAGCAUAUGAGCAGUCCUGCCAUCACCGAGCAGCCCGAGCAAUCCGAGCAAUCCGAGCAGCCGGAGCAGCAGCCAGAGCAGCAGCCAGAGCAGCCGGAGCAAUCGGAAGAGCCAUCACUAGUUAAUUCGAUUCCCGCCAAGCGUUCGACUUUCAGCUAUUUUCCACUGCAGAUACCAUCGCCGUUGACUGGCAACUACAAUGAAUAUAAGUUUGUGGAUGAUUCACAACUGCGGGCUUUGCUGUCGACCACCUCGGUGCCGGAUCCGCUUGAGCAGAGCUCAACACCGCUGCAAUUCGCCGGCGAUUUGCAAUCGAUAAAUCCUCGAAAUUAUGCAAAAUCAGUGCUUGGCAUUGGCAGUGGCUAUCCGGUGGAGCAUAUGGCCGACAAUCAUCUGGACACCAUCAUUUCGGGCAUUGUUUACAAGCAUCCGGAUUAUGUUGAUAACAAUUCACAUUAUGGUGGUGCCCUGGUCGACCCAGAGCCUGAGCAAAAGAAGCAGACGACCGACUUUCUUAAGAAGCUCAUUGAUGGUCGCCUAGGCGGAUGGGGCUUCGAUGCAUCCACCGAGCCCGAGUCGGCGGUUCAAGCUGACUACUCACGGACGCCAUCUAAGACGUAUGGCUACAAUAGUCACACCCUUGACGGCUACAGCUUGGACACCUACAAUGUGCCACCCAUCAGUGACUAUCUGCGCACCUGGUUCUAGGCACCCAUCCGCACCUCCUUCUACCUUUCACAAAUCUCUGUAUAGUGUAUAGUUGUUUAUGUAGGGAAUUCUUCUGUGGUCUUAUUGCUAUGCUUGUUGGCUAGUUUCUAAUAAUAAUAAUAAUAAACAAACAAAAAAUAAGAA